CUAAUACUUUUCAGACAUGAAUUUCGUACUAGCUUUAGUCCUGAAUUUUGUGGUGUUGGUAUCCACAAACCCCACGGCAUUACCACGCAAUGGAACGGGGAAGCUCCUCUACAUCCUUCUAGACGGAUUUCGUUUUGACUACCUAGACGACCAGCCAGCGGAACAAAUCCCUGGUUUCACUGAAUUCAUCAAGAAUGGCGUGAAAGCUCAAUACAUGACCCCAUUGACCCCGUCUCUGUCAUACCCGAGCUGGACUUCUCUCGUAACUGGGCUCUAUGCUGAGAGCCACACCCUCGUCGGCAACUACAUGUAUGAUGCUCAAGCCAGGGAUGACUUUUCUCUCUUCAACGACAGCUCGACCGGAAAGCAAAAGUGGUGGGUAGCAGAACCCAUCUGGAAGUCCGAAAUUGACGCCACUUUGGUCUACCUUCAACGCCAACUUGAACGUCGAGGUCUGAACGACACAGUGAACAUCGUGAUAGUGAGCGACCAUGGCAUGACCGACACCGGUAACGCUACCACCAAGCGCGUCUGGCUCGACCAAUACCUGCCUCAGGGAGCGCCUGUCGAACGUAUCGCCGACCAGGGAGCCUUCAUCAACAUUAAAGUCGCUGCAGGACGAGUUGAUGAGGUGUACAAUCCCCUGUCGAAGAUACCUGGCGUCAAGGUGUACAAGAAGGACGACAUUCCAGAAGACUUCCACGUGGCCAAGUCGAAGUACAUGCACGACAUCCUGAUCGUUGCUGAUUUAAAAACGUUCGUGAUGAGCUCGAACCGUUCACAGCAGCUCCCUCCGCCAAGCUCGUUCGUAUAUUACGGCGCGCACGGCUACAGCAAGAACGAGAAGGACAUGCGGGCCAUCUUCUUUGCCAAGGGGCCUGCGUUCGUGCCCGGCACGGUGCUGGACCCCAUCAACAUCGUGGAUGUGUACCAAGUGUUGGCUCACGUCCUCAACGUCGAGCCUCGCCCCCACAACGGCACCUGGUCAAGGGUCGAGCGCGCCAUUGCCCAAGGCAACGGCGCUCCAGGAACUGCCACUGGAGCUUUCGGUAUCCUGCCCGUGGUCUUGUCGACGAUGUUCAUCGUCAGGCUGAACCUUUAGACACUUGCGAGAGGUACUUCAGAAGCCAGCCAGUCUCCUUAGUUAUCACCGAUGAGAAAACGAAUCGAAACUGAACAAAGUAUGUUUGAAAUUUUUCGUCAAGCUUAAAAUAAACAAAUUGCAUCUAAAAACAUUGUAAUCAGCCCUCGUAUUUUUGCCGUUAUAAUUUUUCGAUUUAGAUUUGUAUUCUAUUACAUGUGAUAUUUUCGAGGUACGCGUUCGUUACUGCUGCCUAUUACCUGACUGAUUGCCAUCUUGGGCGUUCGCUUUUUCCGAACCAUGGCCCUCUAUCGCGGCUCUAACCGGCAUUCUAGACGGUCGAGUGACUGAUUAAAUAUGAUAUAGUGUGUUGCAUUCCAUUGUGAGGGCUAUUUACAAGAUGCAAUACUUAUGAAAUAGAAAAUCAAUCAAUUCGUUUAUUCAGCUGGGAAGCAGAAACUUGGUUUCAACAUUUUUAGCUUAUCACCGAACUUUUGCUGCGCUAAAGAACAGAGAAUGAUGGGAUCAUCGAAAAAAAGCGAGAAAACAGAGUCAAAAAGUUACUGAUAUACGUAAUUAAUUCAUGUAUCGUCGAUUGGAUUGUUUCCAAAAACACUACGUCAACUGAACCUUUAUUGUAUUUUUCACGUAUCACAUCGUGCACAAGUUAACAUUUAAUAUUAAAAAAUCAAAUUGUAAUUCAAGUUCUCUUUCGUUUAUCUUGAAUAGUGGAAGUUACUCAAAAAUCAAAUUAUGGUGAAUAACUUAUUCAGGUGGUUGCUUACCUAACGGCCUGAACGACUUUCACAAUAAAUGAGUGCACCUAGACAAGUUCACUCUGAGGGUUGGUAAUUAUAAGUGGCAAAAACUUAGUUUACGGUGUCGUGCAGAAAAUCUCUACGUCAAAUUCAUAUUUUAGGGUAAAAUGCAAAUAUUAGAAGAAUAUCUAC